UCAACUGGGCAAGCCGAAGGAGCUGAUUCUGAUGUAUAUUUAAAGCCAGUAGCAAUCUUCCCGGAUCCUUUCAGGCUAGGGGCCAAUAAACUCGUACUUUGUGAAACUUUGGACAACAAGAGAAAACCUACAGCAACGAAUAACCGGCAACGAUGUGCUGAAAUAAUGGAGAAGGCAAAGGAUCAACACCCAUGGUUUGGUAUGGAACAAGAAUACACUUUAUUAGACAUUGAUGGGCAUCCAUUCGGAUGGCCAAAGAACGGGUUUCCUGGACCACAAGGGCCAUAUUACUGCGGUGUUGGAGCGAACAAAGUUUAUGGACGUGAUAUUGUUGAAGCUCAUUAUAGAGCGUGUUUGUAUGCGGGUAUCAAUAUAUCCGGGACUAAUGCGGAAGUAAUGCCGGGACAGUGGGAAUUCCAAGUAGGUCCAGUCGAAGGUAUAGCAAUGGGUGAUCAGCUGUGGAUGGCUCGGUUUCUUUUGCAUCGAGUAGCUGAAGAGUUUGGUGUUGUUGCAUCACUUGAUCCAAAACCAAUCAAAGGUGACUGGAACGGUGCUGGAUGUCACACAAACUUCUCUACCACAACCAUGCGUGCUCCAGAGCAGGACACCCACAAAACUUCCAUAUCCUUGUGGAUUGAGAUUAUGGAUGCAAUCAACAAACUCUCCCUUGUUCACCCACAACAUAUUGCAUAUUACGAUCCUCAUGGAGGCAGAGACAACGAACGUCGUCUAACAGGGCUUCAUGAGACAGCGAAGAUUGAUCAGUUUUCACAUGGAGUCGCGUCAAGAGCUUGUUCAAUUCGCAUUCCACGUCAAACCGACGAUGAUGGCUGUGUAAGUUCUCUAUGA